CCCCGGGCGGGGCGGGGCGAAGGGCCGCAGACUUCCCGACUCCACUGCCAGGCUGGGCCCGGCGGGCAGUCCGGCGAGCGGGGCGCGGGGCCGCCUCACGGGGCGCGGGCGCAGGUGGCCCGGCGCCCUGUGGAGCCCUGGCGCUCCGGAGCGCGAUAGGAGAUCGAUAGCAGCUCCCGCGGCACCAUGACUCGGGCAGCCGAGGCCCCGCCAGCCGGCCGGGAAGCGGUCCGAGGUGGCCCGGCGGGCGGCCUGGCGGCAGGUGCUGGGGUGCAGUAGCGGAUAGGGCGGGCGCGCGGCCAGGCGACUCCUGGGCCCCCGGCCCUCGAGCUCCAACUCCAGCCCGGGCCCAAGCAAGUUGCGCCGGCGGCGGAGAGCCGGGCUGCAGGGCCACCGGCCCGCCAUGCCGGCGGUCAAGAAGGAGCUCCCAGGCCGCGAGGACCUGGCCCUGGCUCUGGCCGCCUUCCGUCCGACCCUGGCCGCACUACCACUGCCGCCGCUCCCAGGCUACCUGACACCACUGCCAGCCUCGGCCGCCCUGCCCCCGGCCGCCUCGCUACCCGCCGCGACCGCCGGCUACGAGGCGCUGUUGGCUCCGUCACUCCGCUCGCCGCGCGCCUACCUGAGCCUACACGAGGCCGCCCCGUACCUCCACCUGCCCCGGGACCCCCUGGCCCUCGAGCGCUUCUCUGCCACUGCGGCCGCAGCACCGGAUUUCCAGCCGCUGCUCGACAACGGCGAGCCGUGCAUCGAGGUGGAGUGCGGCGCCAACCGCGCGCUACUUUACGUGCGCAAACUCUGCCAGGGCAGCAAAGGUCCGUCCAUCCGCCACCGCGGGGAGUGGCUCACACCCAACGAGUUCCAGUUCGUCAGCGGCCGGGAGACGGCCAAGGACUGGAAGCGCAGCAUCCGCCACAAAGGAAAAAGUCUGAAGACGCUUAUGUCCAAGGGGAUUCUGCAGGUGCACCCUCCGAUCUGCGACUGUCCAGGCUGUCGAAUAUCCUCCCCAGUGAACCGGGGGCGGCUGGCAGACAAGAGGACGGUUGCCCUCCCCACUGCGCGGGUCCUAAAGAAGGAGCUGACCACCAGCUUCUCAGCCAGUGAUGGUGACAGCGAUGGGAAUGGCCCCGCCUAUGGGCAGCGGCCAGGCUUGAAGCAGGAGGACACCCCACAUGUCCGUAUCAUGAAGAGAAGAGUCCACACCCACUGGGACGUGAACAUCUCCUUCCGAGAGACGUCCUGCAGCCAGGACAGUGACCUGCCCACCCUCAUAUCCAGCGUCCAUCGUAGCCGCCACCUCGUUAUGCCCGAGCAUCAGAGCCGCUGUGAAUUCCAGAGAGGUGGUGUGGAGAUCGGCCUGGGAGCUGCAGGUGACCUGUUGGGCAAGAGGCCAGGCCGCACCCCCCACGUCAGCAGUGAGUGCCCACUGGAGAAGAAGGCACGAAGCAAGCCACCCCAAGAGACUCUGUUGCUGCCAGAACUAGGGCCCAGCAUGGCCCCUGAGGAUCACUACCGCCGGCUUGUGUCUGCCCUGAGUGAGGCCGGCACCUUUGAGGACCCGCAGCGUCUCUACCACCUGGGCCUCCCCAGCCACGAUCUCCUGAGGGUCCGGCAAGAGGUGGCAGCAGCAUCUGUGAGGAGCCCCAGUGGCCUGGAAGUCCACUUACCCUCAUCCACGGCAGGUCAGCGCCGAAAGCAGGGCCUGGCUCAGCACCGAGAGGGCACCGUGCCAGCUGGCACCCCAUCCUUCUCAGAGAGGGAACUGUCGCAGCCGCCCCCCUUGCUGUCGCCCCAGAAUGCCCCUCACAUCGCCCUGGGCCCCCACCUUCGGCCUCCCUUUUUGGGGGUGCCCUCGGCCCUGUGCCAGACCCCAGGUUACGGCUUCCUGCCCCCUGCCCAGGCGGAGAUGCUCGCCCGGCAGCAGGAGCUCCUGCGGAAGCAGAACCUGGCCCGACUGGAGAUGUCGGCAGAGCUGCUGCGUCAGAAGGAGCUGGAGAGCGCGCACCGGCCGCAGCUGCUGGCGCCCGAAGCCACCCUGCGCCCCGCCGACGGCGCCGAGGAGUUGCAGCGGCGCGGGGCCAUGCUGGUGCUGAGACACAGCUCCGCGCCGCUGCUGGCCCUGCCCCCCCAGGGACCCCCGGGCCCCGGCCCACCCACCCCUCCCCGGGAGCCUGUCCGCCGAGCCCCUCGGAAGGGGGGACCCAGCCCUGCCUCGGCCCACUCCAGUGAGUCCAAGGAGACCACGGGGGCUGGGCUCUGGGCACAAGAUGGCUCUGAGGAUGAGCCCCCAAAGGAUUCAGAAGGAGAGGACCCUGAGAUGGUGGCCGCCGGGGGCCAGGGCCCCACCCUGGGCCAAGCCCCAACUGGAGGGGCCAGCCCUGAGGGGAAGGGGCUUCUCUCGGGGUCCAUGCUGCCCCCUCCACUGCCCCUGGGCUUACCCUACGCCGUCAGCCCCUACUUCCACACAGGCACCAUGGGGGGACUCUUCAUGGAUGGGGAGGAGACCACAGCCCCUGAGGACCUCAGCAAGUGGACAGUGGACGAUGUCUGCAGCUUUGUGGGGGGCCUUUCUGGCUGUGGAGAAUAUGCACCGGUCUUCAGAGAACAGGGGAUCGACGGGGAGACCUUGCCCCUGCUGACAGAGGAGCACCUCCUGACCACCAUGGGGCUGAAGCUCGGGCCUGCUCUCAAGAUCCGGGCCCAGGUGAGUGCCAGCUGGGGGCAGCAGUCUCCACACAAUGGUGGGUCAGCGCUGAGGCUCUUUGUGGCUGCAGGCCAGCAACCCAGAAGGCCCCCCCCACCCAGGCCCAUCUCUCCGCAGGUGGCCAAGCGCCUGGGCCGAGUCUUCUACAUGGCCAGCUUCCCUGUGGCUUUGCCACUGCAGCCACCAACACUACGGGCCCCAGAGCGGGAGCUCACCUCUGGAGAGCAGGCCCUGUCCCCAGCAUUGGCCCCUUCCCCCUAUGGUGGGGGGCACCCCCCUGCUGGGAGAGCCUCGCCCAAGCAAGAGAAUGGAACUGUGGCUCUACUCCCAGGGCCUGCAGACCCCUCCCAGCCUCUGUGCUAACCUGGUGGGUGGACCACCCUAAUCCCUAAGCCCUUCGGUGCCAGCAGCUCUGAUACAAAGGACCCACUCCACAGCUUCUCUUCCUUUUGGUUUUGGAUGCAAAAACAAAGAUUUUUUUAAAGGAAAACAUGACAUCAAAGGAAAAGAGUUUCUGAAACUUUCUGGGAGUAGAGUCAGGUGCAGACAGCCUGGGGACCCAAACCUGAGCCCAGGCACAGGGACUCUGCAUCCUGGGUACCUGCAGACAAACCAAAGAAUGACAGAGGAGGCGGAGAAGGCACAUCAUGCCACACUGGCCUUGGCCAUGCCUGCUGGCUCUCUCUGGAACCGGGACAGUUGUCUGCGAGAUUCUCCGCAUCCUGCCAUCGGGUGAGAGGUCAGGGCAGAGUCCCACUCCAGACCAGCUUCCCUCACGGGGCUGAUGGAUCUAACCCAGCAGUGCGGUAUGCAGUGUGGGCAGGCUCCAUGGUGCUGGUUUCCAUCCCCACAGCCGCCACUCCAGGGAUCUGCACAGGGCUCGGUACUUUCUGGUCUUUCAUGUUGUGAAAAUAAAGCCCAGUCCACCAUC